AUGGCUGCCGCGCAGUUUGGGGUCCCCCACCCCUUGUCCUCCCAGCCACGAUCCGGGGGGACUCCCGGUGUGCAGGGGGCGCAGCGCGGUCCUGGCCGCCCCCUCACCGAGACCUGCGGGGGUCGGCUGGAGGAGUCGGUGGGUGUCACCCUGUGCGAGGAGGCGAAGCCGGGGCGGGGCUUGGGGAAAGGGGCGGAGCCUGCGUGUGGAGGCCUGCGAGUAGACCCGGAGCGGGUAAAAACACUGAGUGGCGAAAGUUUUCUCGACCACAGUCCCCGACCUCCGUCAGAAAUGGGGAACGUUCAGUCGGAGCCGUCCGCAGGCGGGGGCUCCCGAAAAGAGAAGGCUUCUGACCGAGCCUCCGACUCCCGCCGGACGUCCAUGGUGGAGCCGCCCGAGGUGACCACCCCAACUCCCCGGCCAUGCCGCCUGGCUCGCGGGCUGGGCGUCUGGUUCCCUAGCAGCUCCGCGUCCCCGAGACUCCUGGUACCGCCGGAGCCCCAGGCCUCACCCUCGUCCCCGCCCCUGACCUUAGAACUACCCCUCGCCAGUGACGCCCCCCUCCAGAGGAGGCUGGCUGCGGCCGCGGUCUCCACACCACCCCCGCUCCCCAUGGGGACCCUGCUGCCCGCGCCUUCUAAGUGGCGAAAACCCACGGGCACCGCGGUUCCCCGCAUCCGCGGCCUGCUGGAGGCGAGCCAUCGCGGCCAAGGCGACCCUCCGAGCCUCCGCCCGCUGCCGCCGACCCCUCGGCAAUUAACCCAAGAGGACCCGGAACCGGUUCCGGGGACCCCAUCCCGGUCUCCUCCAUCCUUGGAGCCGCGGAAGCCGCCACCACCGCCUCCCUCUGACUGGCAACCUCCGGACCGCAGAAUCAUUCCCACUCGGGUCGCACCCUCCGCGACGCCCACAGAAAGCCAGGCCAGGGACGGCAGCGAGGGCCAGACCGCCAGCGGGGCCGGCGGAGGGGCGCCUGCUGAAGUGGCCGAGGAAGAGAGAACUCGGCCACGGCCGUUGGCCUCCGAGUCCGGACUGAGCCUGCCGUGUAAAGUCACCUUCAAGACCGGCCCCCCCUUGCCCCCUGCUGCUGCCUCGGGUUCCUUGGCCGUCAAAGCUUCGCUCGGGGACAGCGGAGGCGGAGGACCCUUCCCCGCCGCCUCCGGCGCCAUCUCUUACGCUGAGGUCCUGAAACAGGGGCCCCUGGCUCCUGGGGCCACUCGCCCCUAUGGAGAGGCCCCUCGAGGGACUCAGGAAGCGGGAUGGCGGGUGGAUGGAGACGGCGAGGGGUGUUCUGGUCCGCCCUCGGCGCCUGCGUCCCACGCUCGGGCCCUACCGCCACCACCUUACACCACCUUCCCAGGCUCGAAGCCCAAAUUCGACUGGGUGAGCCCUCCCGAUGGCCCUGAACGCCACUUUCGCUUCAACGGGGCUGGCGGAGGCGUCGGGGUGCCCAGACGGCGCGCAGCUGCCCUCUCCGGACCCUGGGGCUCUCCGCCGCCGCCGCGGGGGCAGACGCACCCAGCUCCCGGGCCCCGGAGGCCUGCACCCGCGCUGCUGGCGCCGCCGACGUUCAUCUUCCCGGCGCCUACCAAUGGCGAGCCGCGCCGUCGCGGGCCUGCCGGCCCGCAGGAGUUGCAGCCGCGGCCGCCCACGCCGCCACCCCCGCCUCCGCCCACUCCGCAGCCGCCGGCGCUCCUGCCAACACCGCCCCCUGUGGCGCUCCUGCCCACCCCAGGCCCGGGUCUGGUGGAGUGCGCGCUGGCUCUCGCCCCGGCCUCGCCUCCGCCCCCAGUCUUGGCCGCAGACCAGGCCCCAGUCCCGGCCACGGCCCUGGCCCCCGCCCCGGCCCCGGCCCCGGCGCAGCCGUCCGUGCCAGCGCCGGCGCCCGCUCCCAUCAAGGCCCGCACGCGCAGGAACAAGGGUUCCCGCGCCGCCCGGGGCGCGGCCCGUGAAGAUCGCGCGCCUGGAGAUGGUCCCCGUGAACCGACCACGGCCAUAGUGCCUGAGGGCGAUGUAGGGGGUGGUGGUGGUGGGGCCCCUCUGGCAGGGGCAGCUAACACCGGCGCUGCGCGCCACUGGCCGCCCUUCCAGGUGCUUAACUCUUGUCCCUGCAAGUGUUACUGCCGCCACCAGCCACGCCAUCGCCGCCUGCCACGCAACGUGUCUGCCUGGCUGAGCACACCCACCAACCACCUGAGCGAGCCGCCCUGGGUGGCCACCAUCAAGCUGGCUGGCUCCUUGGUAGCUGGGCUGGACCACUAUGACCUACAGGCCACCCAUUCCAACUGAGUGCAGCUGGUUCACCACCCUCUUUC